AUCAGAGUUUUCUCUGAAACAUUCCAUAAGUUGGCGUCCUGUCUCCCCAGUGUAGAGGAGACCACAUCAUGAGCAACCGACACAGUUGUUUAGCAUUUUGGAUAUGCAGGAAAAUCGCUGUGGAUGUGAAAGGAUUCUAUGGCGCCUAAGAUGUGAGAGGUGAGGAGUGGGUGCAGGUUUCAGUCUGCCUUUAACACUCAUGUUUUUUUGGGGGGUGGGGGUCUUUUGUAUGCAGAGGGGGAGAUUUUAAGGGGGUUAGGAUUUCAAGUAGUAGAGUUGUAUGUUGAUGGUUCAUAAUUGUUUUGCUGUAAAUCGAGCAACCUGGUCCGUGCUGAAAAACAUCUAAUGGCCAUUGUGGCAAAGAUAAAUUGUGUAUUGUUUAUUUUGGGUCACUGUGCAAAUAUACAAGGUACCAAAUGAUUUAAACAGCUGUGAUGAUACCUAUUGUUCUGUAUGUUUAAUUUUACUGUGGAAUGAAACAUGUUAUGAUUUGAAAAAGACAUUAAUAUAAGUCGAGUUAACACUGCUCACUGCUUUAAUUCAGAGAGACUGGAGAAUUAUUUACACGAUCGGAAGCUUUCGAGGCCCCUGUGAACUGCAUUUUGUCUUAACGUCGCUGCUCCUAAUCUAAAUAACUUUUCAGGUUGGUUAGAAUGGAUUAUCCCGAUUAGAUCUUUCCUGCUUGCCCAGUCUCACCACUUCCAUACACUCACUCUCUCGAGGCAGCUGUCGCGUGGAAGUGACUACUGUCCAAUUCCAUCCAGAAUUAGCUUUUCCAAACAGUUCUGCAAAUAUAGGUUUCAGUGGAAGCUUAUUCUGAACAUCCAAUUCUGUUAUACAGGACUCAGUGCUCUAUGGACAGUUCCCAAAAUACGUAAGCGUCAAGUACUGCCGCAAUUAGUUUGAUAAGAGACACGCUGCCCACAGCUUUCUGGUAUUCCAGUGCAAAACUAUUUUAACAACUGGGCCUUGCACCCUGGCAUGCUUCAUGGUCUAGGUCUGCAUACUACGUGGUGCUAAUGUGCAAUGAGGAAGUGUCACUCCAAGGCCCUUCUUCCAUAGCAUACUGAAGGGCUGCAUAAUAAGGAAAACCUUUCAGGUUGUUCGCUCCUGAGAAUGUUUGACAUGAAAUGUAAGUGCACGUUGUAAGUAUAACUUGUAAUGGAAAGUAUAGUGAAGUACCUAAUCUACUUAAUUGAGAAAUGUAAUACCCGUUAUGGUAAAUGUUAUGCAAAAUUUGAAGUGGUAUAUUGUGUGUUUUUACACUAUGAAUAAAGUGUAUUUUGGGGAAAAUAAUUGUUUUUCAAUAAAAGCGUAAGCUACAGGAAAAAAACACCGAGGAACCGAAUUGCCAAAUUAACGCUACCCACCAAAUCCCUUGCAACUGUUUUUUUUGAAGAAGCCACUUUUUGUUAUCACAAGGAAGGUCAAUGUUUUUACGAACACGACUAAUAGGGUCAUCAAAUUUGUUGGGGAUUACAUUGUCCCCGGAAAGAACUAUUCCAAGAAUUGUGUGCAGUGACUACCUUUUAUUUGUCUUAAAUGUAGUUUGCAAAUUUUCCUUUUAUUGGAGUUCUGAGUAAAAGAACAACUCAUGCUUUCAGUUCAAAACAUUCCUUUCAGAUGAAGUUUUGCAAUGGGUGAGCUAAGAUCCACCUUUUCCAGCGUUGCUUUCACUUAGAAAGUAACUGAGCACAAUAGCUUUAUGCAUAAUAAAGAGAAGCCAUUGCCUUAGGAUGUUGGUGAAACAAUCUAAAGUAACAUUAUUUUCUUGGCCAGGUCCUACUUGAACAACGCAUUUUGAAUGUAAUAGUAGUUUUUGUCCAUGUAGACCACAAGCAACAGCAAUGUUAUCAAACUGCUCAGGGAGCCAUUCGCAUUAAAUGCUUCUCACAUUCUACCAGCAAAUUCAGAAUAGCACUUAAACCAAACUACUAUUUAAACAUUUUACAUAGAGUAAAAUAAAUAUUGGGAUAUAUACAUGGGGUGAAGGUAGAGCUGCAAUAUCUUGCAGAAGCUUUAUUACAAUUUAUUUUAAAAAGUUGUCAAAUCUAGCCAAUAAUCACGAUGGAAAUAUUUAGCAUUCCACAAAUAAAACACCACUUUUUCAGCGCCUGAUCUUUUGCUCAACCAUAGCCAUUACUUAGAUUACUACUAAACAUUUACUUGCACCUUUAAAAACAAGAUAUAAACCUUUAUGAGUUUUUUUUAACAUACCCCGAUUUAUUAUAUCCGACAUUCACUCCUUUCACCACUGACACACAGUGACAGCAGUGCAUACCACCUGUUAAAUGCACUGCACCAGCUCACUUCAACAGCACUUUCCAACCCCCAACCUUAACGACAACAGAUGCAAGGGAUCAACACUACCUGCAAGUCCCCCUCCCAACCCAGAUACUAUCUUGAGUUAGAAUUGUUGUCAUUCCUGCGCAGUUUGCUGGGGCAAAAACCCUGGCACUUCCUUUCCUAAAGCACUGCGGAUGUCCCUGCACCAUAUGGAUCUCUGCAGUUCAAAAAGGCAAUCCAUCAGCACCUUCUCGAUGAUAAACUGGGGAUGGACAAUAAAUGCUAACACACUCAUGAAACCCAGAUCCUAUGAAUGAAUUAAGAAAAGAAUUUCUGCGUUAGUUUGUGUUUAACCUUGAUCCUAUUGGAAUCCUAUUCAGAAAGGUCAAUAAUGAUAGCAAAUUCCACAGUUUACCAAGACCCAAUCCAGUGCAAGCCUUUGUGUCCGUUUUAUUUGCUGUCUAUUCAUGGGAUAUAGGCAACAAUGGCCUGAAUCCAUCCAUGCGGGAUCUCCUUGAAACGGUGAACAGGUUGGCUUUCAAUAGAUGUAAAAAAUAACCUUACCGAUGUAAAGAUGAGCAGUUCGGGAAGACAGAAAGUUUAGACCCUUAAACAUUUAUUUCCUUAGAGCAGAUUGUAAUGAAUUAAUUUAAUCAGAUAUCAGUUUUAAGGCGCUAUCUGCUCAAAUGGUGAUGUGCACGUUGUGAAUCAUUCACACUGCUUUUGCAUAAAACACCCCCAUCAUAUACAGCUAAAUUACCAAAGUUUGCGCGUUACGUAACACUCUACAUUCACAUUCUCAGUGCGAUCUCAGUACUGUCCCUGAUUAGACCGCCAACUACAUCACGCACUAUUUAAUCAUUGCCCCUUAUUCCAUCCCAUUACCGAAAACCUCUAUUAUACCCCUUUGGAAACCAUGUAUUUUCUACUCCUCUCCCAAAAGUAUUCAAGAAAUUCACACUAACCCCUCCAAGCUGCCGAUUUUACCACGAUACUGAUGCCUUGACGCAGCUAUCCCCGCCUGAAAACAUUUUUGCUGAUAUUAUUCAAAGCCGACAGGCCAUAGCAAAAACGCAUUCUACACCCCCUCAUCCUGCAUUCCCCAAUCAACGCAAGUGUAUAAUGUAAAAACAUGAGGAACACGUUUUCAUCUUGUAAGAGAAACCUCAGUCACACUUCCUCUCUGUGGAGGUACAUGUCACUCCCACGUGUGGCAUGUUUCCAAGAGUAACAGAACAUCGGGGUCAGGCUAAAUUCAAUAACUUAGCCUGUUUCUUUCUCAUCUGAUGGGAUUAUUAUGUGUAUUAUAGCAGCGAUAUCAAACAUUCCUCAUGGUUUUCGGAACCGUGAAAAAUUUCUUAAUGUACAGUCAGGAAUCUUCUCUUCAAAUGUGAUAGAUUUGGCAAAUAGCGGUGCUAUAACCCUGACAAAUAUUCAGACUCAGGACCGACACUGAUUUCACAUCCUGCAAGACCAUCACUCUUCCGCGGCACUAAAGUCUAAUCGAAGAGCAUUCGAUCUCACAUGUUACCAUUAGCGUCAAGAGUCCAUCGCUUUGACUACCAUUAUCGCUCAGUUUGCUUAAUUCCCACUGCCGUGAAAAUGAGAUGUUGCCUGGAGGCUGUCUGAUUGACAGGCAAAACCUCAUCUAAAUUACCAGACUUUUUUUUAUUUGGGGGGAGGGCAUAAACUUCACUACGGAUUAAAGUUGAUCAAAAGCAAAAAUGGAAAGGAAUCAAUAGUGCGUGGUUAAUUUGCAGCUGAAAAGGUCGCCAGGUAUUCCCCGGUGAUCCUGUCCUACUGUCGCUCAGUGAGUGACUUCAGUUGGCAGACUGCCGGGUAAAGUGGGUCUGUUUGUGUGGGAGGUGGUGAUGACUGUCCCCAACACGCUUUAAUACUGUGGAACAAUAUCCAAAUUAUAAGUAGGAACGUGUCAAUUGGAUUCGUCAUCCGUACAGAUCUAGGUAUACAAGGAUUUAUGCUGAAUAACUGAAUGUCUCUGGGUCUCAUUAAACACAUCAUUAAACACAUUUUCAUACCAUCUCUCAUGUGUGUCAGUUCAGAUCACUAGAUUAUAUUUUCUCAAGAAAGCGAGUUAUCAUUGUACCCUCCCUAAUGCUGUACACUAUACGCCGUGGAUCCACCUGCCACUGUUUGAAAGUACAUUGGCUUUAAUCUGCUUCACAUUUACCUCCUGCAAUGUGAGCACUGAGUGGCAGAUAUUAAGGAGUUCCUUUCCCUUCACAGACUGCGGCUCUAGAGCAGAGUCUGUAAACAGAACGGGUUUCCCCACUGAGAGCUCUUUCAUCUGGUGAAUGCCCCUUCAUCGAAAUUCUGAUCGCAUUUAUUUUCGGUCUGUAGCGGCCUCUUAAUUCAUCCGCAGCUGUGGGGAAAACUUUGUGAAAGACUUCACACUGUCGCGAACUGGCUGGAGCGAGGAUGAAACUAGAUUUGUUUUUUUUGGGGGGGGGGGGGCGGGGAGAAGUGUUAAAAGUAAAUGCAAAGAAUUGAAGUGGGCACUCGGUAUCUGGCGAGAAGCUUCUCCUGAAUAAUGCUCAGUGGGAUCCCGGCGAUAGGGACCCAAUUCAGCAGCAGUGCUGAAGACGAGCCAGCGUUCUUGGCCUUCGGGAUCUCCAGUGGGCGGCAGUCAGGGAGCAUUCGAGCCGAGCUCUGCACGCUGCUACAGCUUUUUUUUUUAACGCAGGCUAUCUUCUCUUGCGCUCAUCAGUCCGGAACGGUCUCGGCAGUUAAGCAGCACUCGAUGUGCUUGGCGUUUCCAAUCCCGUUUCGUUGCCCGGGGAAAAAGAAAAUUGGGAUGCUUGUCGGCAGCUAUCCGCGGCGGGCGCUAGGACCUGAGAGAGCUCUGUGCGCCGCGGGAGCUCGGUGCAUUCUCACAGCGGUAGCAGUGCAAAAGCCUUGAAAGCUGCGAGUGCAUGUGUCGAUCCAGCUUCUCCUCGCUUCCACUCUCUGCUGCCGGAGCGUGUACUUCAAACCAUGGGAUGCUUGAGAAAGGAAAACCACGUCCCCUUGUGCCGUCGCGACGCCCCGUCAUAGAGCUUGCGGACUUUUUGCACUGUCUCUCUCUCUCUCUCUCUCUGUCUCCCUCCCUCUUCACCCAGUCUCUCCUUGCUCUAUCUCCUCGCAUCUGGCUCACCCGCUGCUGCAAGCAAACUGGCCACUUUUCAGGACACAUGAAGCUGUGAUCCCAGAGGAAAUGCGAGUGCAUAUGGAAGUAUUACCCUGGUAGCGAAUUUGGCACGUUCGGGAAGGGGCUGCUUUUUUUUUUGUAAAAAUUUGGUCGCUGUUUCAGAGCUGAGAUUGGAGGGGAAGCGGUGGCAUUUUCGCUGAGUGGGCGCUGUAAUGAUCAAAGGUGUCAUUUGCUGACAUCGGGACCAGCAGAUCAUUUCAGGAGGUUUGGGUAAGAUUUCCUCACAUCCUACAUAAACUCCCGAGUCUCUUUGUUAAAUGCCGUAAAUUCCUGCAGCCCACCGGAUACAUUGUAGCUGCCUCCGUAAUGCAGUUCCCCUCGACUCGGUUCUCCAUAAGUUACUGCAGAUACAUGCUUUCUAUACAUUUGCCUCGAGCUUGCAUUUUAAGAUUGUCGUAAAGUUUGCAGACAACCGCAGAACCGGUGGCUGCAUUUGUGGAUUAGUUGUCAAUUUAAAACGGUACGCCAUAUUUUCAGAAACAUUUGAAGUACGGUGCGGAUUUUAUUUCAAGUACAGUUAUUUCUUGGGAGGGGUAUUUGUGGGGUGUGGGGUGAGGGUGGUGAACAAGUAUCCACUAUUAUCAAUCCUCUCCAAGUCCCUGUCCAACAGAAACAGCAGCCUAGUCUGCUACAUUUCUCAACUGGCAACGCCAAUUACCCCUUCAUUCACUCUUGCCUCUUAUUAAAAAAAAGCCACUCCAGUUUGAGCUCUCCGCCAGUCACUGGUGUGAAUGCAAAUACUUCAAAGUGUGACCAUAAAGACGAUGGAUACGUAGAAAUGCCGUGUUUAACACAUAUCUAGUCUCAAGAUUAGUUCUGUAACCACUCGACGGAGGAAAUGACCAGCACCAAGUAAGAUGGAGUUGGUCAUUUAUGUUUUUAAGCGUCUCUGCCGGUAACUUGCAAGAAAUCCGUAGUCCGAAGGUAUCCAGGCCAUGCUAGAGAGUGUGGGAGGGAGCCAACAAUACAUUUCACUUGAAUUAAUGUUGGCAUUGGGUUAGAAACCUGCAGUAAGCGACUUGGCAAGCUAUGGGAAAAAAUGGAGCCUCCAACCUCCGAGACCUGAUUCACUCAUGCCUUAAACUUUUUUAUAUAUAUAAACUGCUUUAUUUAAGCGCAUCUCACUCGGUAGCUAUCUUAUGAAAGAUCUGGAAGUCUCAUCUGUACCGCAUUUGCUGAAGUGAAGCUGUUCCCACGCAUUCUGUUGCAACGCCUCCUACUAAAGAUUCUCAUCUUUAAUUACUGACUCUGAAUCACAUUGGAUUGCGAGGACUCUACACUGUUCCUUUGAACGAUAGGAACUGAUAUCAGGCAAACCGAGUUUCGUUUUUGACAUAGAAGACAAUUCUAUCAUUUCGUGCAAUUAUACACUGGGUUGGCAAGAUCGCCUUACACAAUCACGGUGUCACGCUUUUAACGUGCGUACUGUAUACCGAGGGAAAACUUCAUCACCCACGUCUAACAGGAGCCAAGCGAGGAACCCUCCACCUGCCCUGACCAUGUCUCCAUAAUAACUGGCCUGGUUUGUGCCAAAGUAACAAACAGCGACUGUGGAGUGUCCGCCUACAGGUGCAAAGAUCCACCCUGUUCGCCAGCCGUCAACUCCGUCACAUGCCGUACACGGGAGAUGUACUGAAUACACAGCUAAUCUAGUGUACUGUAUCGACUCCUGCUGCCUUUCAAGCUGGAAAAUGAAAGUUGUCGUUCAUUUAAUGAUUCUCUUGUAUACAUCCACAGUGCAAAGCUUGAAGAUUGUAUCCAAACGGGGUUCAGUUCUUCUGAAUCAGGACUCGCAUACAAAGUCCAACAUUCUAAAAAUAAACUUCAAGAGGGAGGGAGCUGAUGGAUGUACAGAUUGGUCUGUGGACUACAAGAAAUAUCAAGUUCUUCUGGGGGAACCAGUGCGAGUGAAAUGUGCAUUAUUUUAUGGAUACAUCAGGGCCAACUACACCAUAGCUCAAAGUUCAGGACUUAGCUUGAUGUGGUAUAAAAGUAGUGGUCAUGGGGACUUUGAAGAACCAAUACCAUUUGAUGGAAUUAGAAUGAGCAAGGAAGAAGACUCCAUUUGGUUUCGUCCCACAGAAUUGCAAGAUGGUGGACUAUUUUCUUGUGUAUUGAGGAAUACUACAUACUGCAUGAAGGUUUCAAUGUCACUGAUCGUAGCUGAAAAUGAUACAGGCCUUUGCUACAAUACAAGAAUGAAAUAUUUUGAAAAAGCUGAGCUCAGCAAGAGUAAAGAAAUAUCAUGUCCUGAUAUUGAGGAUUUCAUUCUCCCAGACAGUGAGCCUGUUGUAUGGUAUAAGGAAUGCAAGGCAAAGGAUUGGCGGCAAUCUAUCAUUCAGAAGGGAGACACACUUCUAAUACGUGAAGUAACAGAAGAUGAUGUUGGAAAUUACACAUGCGAAGUGAAGUUCGGAAGCUUUGUGGUAAGAAGAACAACAGAAUUGACAGUUACAGCUCCAAUGACAGAUAAACCACCCAAGUUCCUUUAUCCUUUAGAAAACAGGUUAAACCCUGUGGAGGCACAGCUUGGCAUCUUUGCAAAUCUGACCUGCAGAGCCUUUUUUGGUUAUGGUGGAGAGGUCAGCCCUAUAAUUUAUUGGAUGAAGGGAGAGAAGUUUAUUGAAGACCUUGAUGAUAACCAUGCCAGAGAAAGUGACAUAAGAAUUCUCAGGGAACACCUCGGGGAGAAAGAAGUUUCCAUUUCUCUGCUAAUUGACUCAGUGCAGGAUGCAGACUUGGGAAACUAUUCUUGUUAUGUUGAAAACGGGAAUGGGCGUCGACAAGCAAGCAUUCUUCUUCAGAAGAGAGAACUGAUGUACACUGUGGAACUUGCGGGUGGAUUGGGGGCCAUCCUUCUGCUGCUGGUCUGUCUGGUGAUUGUGUACAAAUGCUAUAAGAUAGAUAUUAUGCUAUUUUAUCGCAAUCAUUUUGGAGCAGAUGAACUAGAUGGAGAGAACAAAGAUUAUGAUGCAUACCUAUCAUACACCAAAGUCGACCCUGACCAGUGGAACCAAGAAACCACAGAGGAGGAACGUUUUGCUCUGGAGAUCUUACCAGAUGUGCUAGAGAAACAUUAUGGGUACAAGUUAUUUAUCCCUGAUCGGGACUUGAUUCCAACUGGAACGUAUGUAGAAGAUGUGGCACGAUGCAUUGAUCAAAGCAAGAGACUAAUUAUCGUUCUGACCCCGAAUUAUGUCAUAAGGCGAGGCUGGAGUAUCUUUGAACUGGAAACCAGACUGCGCAACAUGUUAGUCACGGGUGAAAUUAAAGUGAUACUAAUCGAAUGCAGUGAACUUCGGGGUAUUAUAAACUAUCAGGAGAUUGAGGCCCUCAAACAUACGAUCAAGCUUCUUACAGUUAUCAAGUGGAAUGGACCUAAAUGCAACAAACUGGAUUCCAAGUUUUGGAAACGUUUACAGUAUGAGAUGCCCUUUAAGAGGAUAGAGCCGAUAUCUAAUGAGCAGGUUUUGGAUGCUAGCGAGCAGGGCCCAUUUGGGGAACUGCAGACAGUGUCUGCCAUCUCCAUGGCAGCAGCGACUUCUACCGCUCUGGCCACCGCCCAUCCGGACCUACGCUCUACCUUUCACAACACCUACCACACUCAGAUGCGGCACAAGCAUUAUUAUCGGAGCUACGAGUAUGAUGUACCUCCUACUAGUGGCAUCAUGCCCUUUACCUCAUUGGGUAAUCAACACACAUACUGCAACAUCCCCAUGACACUUAUCAAUGGGCAGAGGCCCAACAAUAAAAUAAACAAGGAGCAAACUCCAGAUGAGGUUCACACAAACAGUGCAGUACUACCACUUCUGCCAAGGGAGACCAGUAUGUCCAGUGUCAUUUGGUAACAACUAGUCGGGUAAUUUGAACCCCUUCAGGUUACACAGUCCGGUGCCUGGGACCAUGGCCUUGACUGCUGCUGUUAUACAAAAAGAAAUAUGAAAACACAGGGUCUUGUAGAUAAUUGAUUUGUUUGUAACAUCAGAGUCUUCCUGUUCUAUUCUUGCCUGUCACUACUACAUUUAUGAUUGUUUUCUAUGUUAUUAGAACUGAUUUCAGAAUUUUUAAAAGAACUGGCAAACAUAACCAUGUCAUAUAGAGAAAGAGAUAAAAAUAUGCUUUUUCAUGAUUAAUGUGGAUAGAAAUGGCUUGAUUUUGACAUCUUGUUGGGAUGCUUUUGCAAGAUUGAGAUAAAUGCGUGAGGAUUUAUUUUUUCCACAUUCCAUUCCAGAUAAAUGAUAAUGCUUUCAAUACACGGUCAGUUUUCUGAAAUGUGAUUUGUUGAGGGCGUGUGCAUUGUUACAUUACACAUAAGCUAUAGGCAUUAUAUAUCAGAGACACUGAAAGUUAAAGUGUAUAUUGUAGGUGAUGUUUCCACGUCAAUACUAUAUCAAGUCAGUCUGAGAUACCCCUUCAAGUUCAGAUAUUCACCGAAAGAACAUUAUUGCUGAUGACAACUGUUAAGUAGAACUUUGAGAUGAAGUAGAUAUAGUCCUAGCUCAAACCAUUCGUGAUCACAAGGUAAUUAUACUUGACCUAAUUAAUAAUAAAUUCCCUUUUUUGUCAGAUAUUUAUCACGGAUAGUGUUGAAUGAAAGGCACCUGCUUACAAAAACAAGCUCAUAAUUAUGACUAACCUAAAAUACCAAUUAUCAGGGUGUCCUAAGUAAAUUAUGCCCUUUUACAACAGUAGAUUAGUCUUCCACAUUCAUGAGAAAAUUGGCAAAGAGAUGUAGUUCACUUUACUGGAAAAUGCACUCUAUGAAGGAUUUUUAAAAAUGUUGACAUUAAUGCAUAAUUCCCACAGUAAUGAUUAGGAAAAAAAAAGAUUUUUUGUUUAAAUACUUUGUCUAAGACAGUUAGGGCCAUUUCUACCUCUACAACAAUAAAUUAUAUUUCAGAAGAAAAAUAUCUUGAGUUUUUUUUUUGUUUUGACUGAAACUGAAAACAUUGGUUUUCGAAGUCAGAUCACACUGGGCAUUAGAGCAGCAUGUUUCUUAGUUUUUAUAACGUUUGUACACUCCUGUAUGUUUUCCUGUCGUUGGCUUUUUUUGUUAUCGACUUGUGGGUCAGUGUAAUAGUGGUUUCUAAUGCCUUGAUUCACUCUUUACGUCAUAGUUUGUUAUGUAGGGACCACAAAAAGCAUCAGGCUUGCUUGUCCAUAUCUUAAAAUUAAAACUAUUGUUUUCAAAUGUUGUUGUCAUCUUCAUUCAUUCCCAUAGUGGUAGCUUCAGCUAUGUCUCCCCAAGCAUUAACUCACUGAUUCUGAGUUAGAUUAUUUAUGUUGCUUUACAGAGGUUACUCUCAGAUUCAUUAAUCAAUCAGAAUCUUUUUAAAAAAGUGUGACAUCACCACUUCACUUUAUUUCAUCUUUUUUAUGUCUUUCAAAGCCUAAAUACCAAAAAGCAUGGUAUCUUCUAGCAGCAUGCUUUCUUUAAAAACACAUGGUAAUCUUUUUUUCACAGAAGCAGCAUGCUUUCUUAUUAUAGACAAUCAAUAGCUCUUAAUAAUAAUUCUUCUACUGCCAAGUGUUCAUUAUACAUAGGGAGACCAGCAAGGCAUGAUACUUGUAACAAAAGCCUUCCUAUUUGGAGAAAGAAAUGCAAAUAAACAUAUUGUACAAUCCAAGAAGUUCCACAGGUGAAAGGGACAGCAUUCACUUGUUCUAGACUAGAUUAUUAAAACAUAAAAAUGCACACUUGUUUAGCAUUACUAAGUUGCCAAUAAGCACUUAAAAAAAGCCAUGCAUUUGGCAUUUUCUCUCAUUAUUAUAUUAUUCCCCUCCCUCAUUUUAUUUGAUUCAUUAAUGUUCACUUCAUGCACCUUCUGAAGAUUAAAAAAAUGCUUUUCCUCCACAGUUCCGGAUGUUUCCAGUUGUUUGUGGCAGAGGUGCUUGACACACCCUCAAUAUGCCAAGCCACAAUAACAAAAAAUAUCACACAUAAAAUUUGAUUGACUAUAGGUGUGAAUCUGCACCAAGGUCAAACCUUUGGACAUUCAUGUGCUUGGUCAAUGGCUUUCCUACUGAACAUACGAAUGUGUGAAAAUGUUCAUUAGAGAGUGUUGAAAAGAGAAUUGACCCAGGUGUAAUGAGGAACAGGGUGAGGUGGGGGGCUUUGAAGAGUUCAGGUACAACUUAGAUGCAUUUUCACAGGGUGAUAGGAAAAGCUAGAGGCCCUCAGAUGCCCAAAGAGAACAAGAUUUUUUUAAAGAAUGAAAAAAGAGAUUUAUAGCAAAUGCUAGGCACAAAAGUUUAGUAAAACAGGAAGCUGAACCAAAAAUGUAGAAAAGAGCUGAAAAAGGAACUAAGACAAACAAAGAGAGGAUGAAAAUAUAUUAACAGGUAGCAUAAAGGGAACCCAAAUAUCUUUUAUAAAACUGAACUCAGUAAAAGAUUAAUUAAGAAAAGGAUGGAAUUGAUUAAGAACUUAAAAUUUUUAAUGAAGACAAAGUGAGGUACUAAAUAUGUAUUUACAUCUUUCUACACAAAAGAAGAGGAUGCUACCACAGUAAAAACAAGAUAGUAAUCAAAGAAUUGCAUAUGAGAAAAUUAGAUAAAUUCAAAGUAUAUAGAACUUUGGAUUUGCUCAAGUUAGAAAGGUCAGCUAUACUUGCUGGGAUGCAUACUGAAUUGCUAGGGGAAGUCAGGGUUGAAAUUGUGAAGGCUCUGAUCACAAUUUUCCAAUUUUCCUUAGAUACAGAAAUGAUAUCAGAGGAUUGAAAGGUUAUAAAUGCUGCACGCCUACUCAGGCAUUGAAGAGGAAUGAAGGAGGCAGUUAUGAGCCAAUCAGACUAACAUUGAUGAUGGGAAAAGUCUGAGGCAUUAUCCUGCAACAAAACAUAUUGGUAUAUGAAAACGUAUGAGUUAAUAAAUGAAAGACAGCUAGGACUUGUUAAAAAGAAACUGAGUUUGACCGCUGUUGUGGAGUUAUUUGAGGGAGCAAUGGAGAGUGUGUGGCUGAUGUGUAUACAGACUUUCAAAAGAAUUUUGAUGAAGUAUAGAACACCGUACAACUGACUUAGCAAAACUGAAUCCCUUGGAAUUUAAGGGGCAGUGGUUAUAGUGAUCAAAAUUAGCUAAGAAACAGAAGACAGGAUUAGUGUUGAACAUUUGUAUUUUUUUGAUUGGAGAGAGGUAUACCGAAGUAUAACCCAGCAGUCAGUAUUCAAGUAUUACUUUAUUUUUAUAUUAAUGGUUGAGGUAUAGGUAUGUAGGGCAUUGUCUAUGUACUUAUAGAUGAAGCAGACUUGUAUAGCAAUAAACAGUGAUGAUAACAAUAGACAUCAGGAGGACAUAAACUGGUGAAAUGGGUUGACUCACGGCAAAUGAAAUUUAACACAGUGAAGUUUGAGGUGAGGUAAUAUAACCAAAAUAGUACAGUUUUAAUGUAAUGCAGGGACAGAGGAACCUGAGCAAGACAAAAUAAGUGAAGAAGGCAGUUUAUACACUUAGCAUUGAGAACAAAAACAAAGAAGUCAUGUUAAACCUUGAUAACUCACUGGUUAGGCCUCAGGCUGUAUUGUUCUGACCAAUUCUAGGCAUUGCACUUUAGAGAUGACAUUAAAGCAAAGGUGAUUUACUGGAAAGCCAGCAGGGAUGUAAGAUUUUAGAUAUUUGGAGAGACUCCAGGAUCUCCAGAAUAUUUCUAGCUUUUUUGUAUUUUCUUCUCAGAUUUCCAGCAUCUGCAGUAUUUUCUUUUCUAUUGCAAAGAAACGGUGGUUGUUCUUCCUGUAGCAGAGAGGUUUAAGGGGAGAUUCAGUUGAGUUGUUCACAGCCUUGAAGGAUUUUAAUAGAGUAGAUAAAGAGAACGUGGUUUCAGUGGCAGGAGUAUUGUUAGGCAGAGGAGACAGAUUUAUGAUAUUAGCAAAAGAAUCAGAGGAGAGGAAAAAAAUACAAUUAGUUGUUAUAAUGUAGAAAGCAUUGUCUGAGAGGGUGGUGAAGAAACUGAUUCAAUAAUAACUAACAAAAUGGAAUUGAAUAAUUACUUUAAAAGCUGCAAGUCUAUGGGGAAAAUAUCAGGGGAGUGGGACUAAUUAGGUAACACUUUCAAAGAGCCAGCACAGGCACAAACAAAUCGAAGGAUCUCCUUCUGCGCUGGAUCACUCUAUGAUUCUGUGACAACUUGACGAAGAACUUGAACUUGGAGAACAGUUUAUUUUCGAAAGGAGUAGAGUAAAAUACAUAAAACUAUGGAACCUUGAUAAAUUAAUCAUAUUUUGUUGUAGAAUUAAUGUAAUAUUAGCUGUAACAUUUUCCCAUUCUACCAUCUUUAAUUGUUUGUAAUAGUAAUAUCAGUAUUAUAUUACUAAGAAUUCAGUAGCUAUAGGUUAAAUAUGUCUUCAUGAAUCAUUAAAGUCAAUUAAUAAAGCAAAAUACUAUAGGAAGUGUGCCAAAUGGGUUUAAUUUCAUAAUUUGCUGAUUUAGUAACAUUUUUUCCAACUAAAAUAAAGAUAAUGCUGUAAAAUCCUGUGUAUAGAAUACAUUGUUGCAGAAGUAAUAUUCAAGAUUUGCUGCUUCAGUUAUAAAUUGAGUUAAGCCCCAUAUACCAAUCGUUACACUAUGCUUGAGUCAAAGGGAGAUCCCAUUGAAACAUAAAUUGUACUAAAACUUCAAAUUGAAGCUGCUUAUCUGAGAAUGAUUGAGACAUUGGAUUUCAUGGGAUGAAAGUAAUUGAAGGAGAUAAUUUCAGGCUUGAUAUGUUUGGCAUGCAGUGUAAUUACAGUUCUUGGUUAGUCUUAAACCUUUAUUUUUGAAACAUUUAGAGAUCCCCAAAUGUCUGCUAGAAUAUAAUUAAUUUU